UAAUGCGUCACGUUCAUUUUUCUUUUCAUUCCUAAAUUGUGUUAACUUUUCGAGAUGAUGAUUUCUUACAUAUUGUGCAUAUGUUUUAUAUCACUAACUGUAUUUGGAGAAGAAUUACACGAACAUCAUAAUCUUCAGUUAAUUUUGAAAGAAAUGGAUUUGAUGAAAAAAAUGCUCCAACAUAAUAGCGAAAAGUUGAUAGAGAUCGAUUAUCUGAGGGAACGUACACUGGUAUUGGAAAAUGAGGUUGAGGGAUUAAAACAUGAAAAUCACAAUCUUAAUCAAAAGGUUAAAACGCUGGAAAGACAAUGUGCGCAGCGCCCCGUAGAGGAUGUCAAUGAAACAGAAAAAUCUGACACGACAAACAUUCAAAAGUAUGCUUACGAACAGACAUUUGAACUAAAGAAACGGACUUCUCAUUUUAAUCGUCAGAGAAGUAUGAUAUCAGGACAAACAUCUCUUCAAGCAAACAUUGCGUUUACUGCAGGAGUGUCGGUUGAAAACCUACAUAAUUUAGGUCAUUAUCAAACUAUCAUUUUUGAUCAGGUCAUCACAAACAUUGGCAAUGCGUACCAUGAACAUACUGGGAUUUUUACUGUCCCGGUUAAAGGCGCUUAUGUUAUAACAUUAACAAUGACAGUGGAACCUAACAAAGUUCAAUGGCUGGAUUUAGUGGUUGACGGUGUCUACAUUAACUAUAUAUCUGCUGGACUAGGAAGCACUGAUAAUUAUGCAUCUACAACCAAGCAAUGGAUUCUAGAACUAGACACUGGGUCCGAAGUGUGGUUCAGGAAGACGAGUGAUAACAACGAUCAGGAUCUCCAUGGAAAUAUGAAUACCAUCAUGUCCGGAUUCCUUUUAUUUCAAACAUAAAAUUUUUUUGAACUAAAAUGAUUAAAUUAAGAGUCAAUUUUUAUGAUAAAGGAACAUAUAUAUCUCUCAA